ACAUUUGUCUGCUAGGUCCAAGAUCAAGGUCUUUGUAAUACUCUAAAUAGUUGUCGACUGUAAAAAAUGUUUUCUUACUGGAGCAAAAAAAAUAUGACAAGCAAUGUUGAAAGGAAAAAGACUGAGGAAGACAUGUCUAUAUGUGAAAAUAUUUUACCAACAGAAGUAAAAAUGGAUAAGCAUAAAAUUGCUCAGCAAACCACAGAUAAGCAUGUCCUAGAGUUUCAAGACUUUCUGAGACGUGUUAAGACGUUACAGAUGUCACAUAUUGAGCCAAACGAAAACCAAGACUUAAUAUUCCAUCAGCCCAAUCUGCCUAGUUUCACAUCUAUUGAAGUCGGGGAGGAACCGCCGACAAUACCAGAAGCUGAUAAUAUUGGUAAAGCAAAUCCUUCAUCAGUUCCGAGUUCAAAUGAAUGUGAUUAUAUGCCUAUGGCUACUACAAAUAUACGAGUAACAGUUGGUAUCGAUAAAGAUUUAGAAAUGAUUCUUGAAAUGGAUCCGAGUAUUGUAGAUUUGGGUGAUAUUAGCAUUGCCGAAGCUACAGAGCCGCGCAUAGUGGGUUUACCUCCACUUUCGGGUGGACCAACAUUCAAAACUGCCACACCCACGUCACGAACCCAACUGAAGCUUCAGUUACAACGGGAACAACAUCAACAGCAACAACAGCAAAUGAUGAUACAGCAACAGAUUCUGGACUCGCCAGACCCAAAAUUGCAUCUAUUGUUUGGCAGUGGACAGGGAUCAAUGGAAUCGGAAUUCAUCGACAGCGGUAGCACCAGCGCUUGUGGCAGCGGGUCAUCUAGUCUAGAACAAAUGUCACAAUUAGUGCAAAUGGAUAAUUUAAUUGAGUCGUCAAGUGCAGUUAAACUUAAAGUUCCUCUUCAAAGUAUUGGUGUAGAUGUGCCACCCCAAGUGCUGCAGGUCAGUACAGUGCUGGAAAACCCAACAAGAUAUCACGUUAUUCAAAAGCAAAAGAAUCAAGUGAGACAAUAUCUUAGUGAAUCCUUUAAGCCAUCUAUAUGGGGCUGUCAUAACAGCGAAAUAAAAAUGGCAAAUAACUCUGCGUCGACAGGUAAUCUUCAGAGUUCGUCUUUAGACAAAGGCCUUCAAUUGGAGCGUACAAACAGUUACGGAUGUGAUACGGCUGUUAGUGCUAAAAGAUCUAUGCAUUCUGAAGACUCAAUGCCCAAUUCCACAUUUGGGAACAGUUUUUCAAGAAAUGAUAACUUAAAUACCACUGAGCGUGUUAACCAAGUUUCUGGAGAGUCACCUAUGGCACAAAAAACCAACCAGUUGGGAUACGUUAAAACUAAUUCAAGCCUUAGUUCCUCCACAACGCGCACUUCUUCAGGAAUGGUUAAUUCAAUAAGGAUUUCUAGUACAGCAAGUUCGUUGCAGUCUACUUCAGCACCUAUUUCGCCGAGUUUAAGCUCGGUUGCAACAAGUGCGUCUGAGCUACCAUCAUUCGACAGCGAUCCAGAUGACCUUUUUGAUGAUAUUUUACAAAAUGACUCGUUUAACUUUGAUAAAAAUUUCAACUCUGAGCUUUCAAUUAAACAGGAGCCUCAAAAUUUAACUGACGCUGAAAUGAAUGCCAUGGCAAAAGACAGACAAAAGAAGGAUAACCACAAUAUGAUCGAGAGAAGACGCCGUUUCAAUAUUAAUGACAGAAUCAAAGAGCUUGGUACACUUUUGCCAAAGGGCAGUGAUGCAUUUUACGAAGUUGUUCGUGAUAUUCGUCCAAACAAAGGAACAAUCUUAAAGUCGUCUGUUGACUACAUUAAAUGCUUGAAGCACGAGGUGACCCGCUUGAGACAAAAUGAGUGUCGUCAACGUCAAGUGGAGUUGCAAAAUCGAAAACUCAUGUCUCGGAUAAGGGAGUUGGAACUACAGGCAAAGUCUCACGGAAUUUCUUUAUCAGAAUACCACUUAACCUCAGUAUCGGCGCCUACCCAACCUAACGCAUAUCUUAAAAGUUCAAGUCUUUCGCCUUCGGUUUCUCGAAGUCGUCGAUCACUUUUUGACCUCCCAGUGGAAAAAAAAGUGAUGAACAGUCCUGAUGUAAAUAUGGCAAUGAAUCAGAUAGAUGAACUCAUGGAGGAUUGCAAGCACCCAGUACAAGGCGGCGACCCGAUGUUGUCUUCGCAUAGCCACAUGCCUACCGCUUCAGAAUCACUAUCUCCAAAGCAAUUAAAUUGUGCAAGUUUUGAACCAAAGAUUGUCUUGGAGGCUGAUCCAGGCCUUUUUAGAGGCAAGUCAAAUUUAGUAGCAGAUGACUGUUGCAGUAUAAAUUGCGGUACUUCAUGCUAUAUUCAGCACCAGUCAACACACGAGGGUCACCGAAAUCAUUGCCAACACCCUAGUUUAAGGGGAAUUCAUAGUUUAUCCGAUUCAGUCCAAAACUCUGAGUUUAGUAGACUUGAACAUUGCGAUGAUCCAAUUUUGUCAUCUUCCCAUAGGUCUCUUGGCACAGUAGACGAAGAUCAACAUAGUUCUGUUGAUAUGUCUGCGGUCAUGAUAAACGACUCACUUUCCUCUUUGGUAGAUGACAACCACAGUGAGCCCAUGCUUCUCACCCCUGACACCUUAGAUAUUGAUUUGUAAACUAACAAAAUUUAAAAUUUAUGUAGGAACGCUCUUAGUAUUUUUGUUACAUAUUGUAGGAGUAUCUUGCAAACGUAAGUUCUGAAGGAUACAUACGAUUCAAUCAAGUGUCUUAAAGUUUUAAAAUACUAUAGACUCUGAGGAUGUUUUAAGAUAAAACGCUCAAUAAUAUAAUUAGACCGGUUAUUUUUUGUUAGUUUAAAUGUUAUAUGAUGGAAACUUAAACUUUAAUGUAAUCUAUAACCGGUAUAACCGCUAAAAAUAUAUUAUGUUUGUUACUUAAGUUUAAAAAAUAGGAAACUUGUGGACUGUAAAGAUACAAACAAUACAUAAAUACUUAAUUCCAAAAAGGUAUAUAGACAUAAACAUAAUAUACCGAUAUGUAAAAUCCAGUUUGUAAAAUUGUUAAGUUUUUGGUUGUGCCUAC